GAAACCGAAAUGGGUGGGCGGAAAGGGCCCGUAAUGCCACGUGAUCAAAAUCUCUUUACAUCAAUGGAACAGUCAACACUGAGCAGCAGUGAGAGACAGAGAGAGACGAGAAAGAGUAAAAGCUGGAUUACUGAAAUAUCCCAAACGGGAUCAAAUAAGACGUUUUUAGGAAGGAAACAGGAACUUGCAGAGCUCAAAUGACGGAGAACGGCUUCAAACAGCACGACAGAGUGCUGACUAUGGACACCAUCAAUCCUAAUGUUAUAAGUGUAGAAUAUGCGGUGCGAGGUCCCAUUGUCCAGAGGGCCCUUCAGAUCGAGAAAGAGCUCAAGAUGGGUAUGAAGAAGCCUUUCACAGAGGUGAUUAAAGCCAACAUUGGCGACUGUCAGGCAAUGGGCCAGAAACCUAUUACCUUCUUCAGACAGGUUUUGGCACUGUGCUCUUACCCAGAUCUUCUUGAAGACAGUAGGUUUCCAGACGAUGCCAAAAGCAGAGCACGUCGCAUUCUCCAAGCGUGUGGAGGAGGAAGUCUUGGUGCUUACAGUGUGAGCCAAGGGAUUGAAAUGAUUCGACAGGACGUUGCUCAAUACAUUGAACGGCGAGAUGGAGGAGUGACAUGUGAUCCUGACAACAUCUAUCUCUCCACAGGAGCCAGUAAUGCAAUUGUGACCAUGCUUAAGUUAUUAGUGUCGGGUGAAGGAGCGUCUCGUACAGGAGUUAUGAUCUCCAUCCCUCAGUAUCCGCUGUAUUCGGCCGCUCUGGCUGAGCUGGGUGCAGUACAGAUCAAUUAUUAUCUGGAUGAAGAUCACUGCUGGAGUUUGGAUGUCAAUGAGUUACGGCGCGCCCUGCAAAAGGCAAAAACUCACUGCACACCGCGAGCAUUGUGCAUUAUCAACCCCGGCAACCCAACAGGUCAAGUGCAAAGCCGACAGUGCAUUGAGGACGUGAUCCGAUUUGCUGCAGAAGAGAGACUUUUCCUCAUGGCUGAUGAGGUCUAUCAGGACAAUGUUUACGCUGAUGGGUGUGAGUUUCACUCCUUUAAGAAGGUUUUGUUUGAAAUGGGGGCAGAAUACUCAGAAACAGUGGAACUGGCUUCAUUUCACUCAACCUCAAAGUGUUACAUGGGAGAAUGUGGUUUUCGUGGUGGCUAUAUGGAGGUGGUAAAUCUUGACCCUGAAGUGAAAGCUCAGCUCACUAAACUGGUAUCGGUACGGCUGUGUCCUCCAGUUCCUGGUCAAGCUCUUCUAGAUGUGGUGGUCAAUCCACCCCAACCAGAUGAACCCUCUUAUGGCACAUUCAUUAAGGAACGUUCAGACACGUUGGCUGCACUGGCAGAGAAAGCUGCCAUCACACAGAAGAUCCUAAAUCAGAUUCCUGGCAUAAAGUGCAACCCAGUUCAAGGGGCCAUGUACACGUUCCCUCGCAUCCACCUGCCCCAAAAAGCCAUUCUAGAGGCCAAGGAGAAGGGUGAAUCUCCAGACAUGUUUUACUGUAUGAAGCUGCUGGAGGAGAAGGGCAUCUGUUUGGUUCCUGGCAGUGGAUUCGGUCAGCGAGAGGAAACGUAUCACUUCAGAAUGACAAUACUUCCUCCAAAAGACAAACUGAAGAUAGUGUUGGGCAAGAUUCAGGAGUUUCACCAGUGUUUUACAGCACAAUACUCAUAAGUGUUGAGGAUGAGUAACUGCAGGUCUGUGUGAUAGGUCCAAUGCUGCUAUACAAGACUCCAGUCAACACAACUGUAUUAAAAAAUGUAUUUUAAUAUGUUUUCUUUUUAUUGAAGAAUUAAAAUAUUUAGUUAUUAUA